GGUGUCACUGCUGUGCCCCCCCAGGAGCGGGUGGACCCCCAGGCAGCCAAUAACCCCGACCUGCACCUGAACCGCGCCACGCUCCUGCAGUACCUGGAGCGGUUCCAGGCGGCCCUGGAGGGCCUCAGCCGGGCCAUGACCCUCGACCCCACCUGGGAGGAGCCCCGGAAGCGCCACCGGAACCUCCUGGAGUUCCUGAGCCGCCUCUGCGGGCUGCUGGAGAACAGGGGGAAGCUGCGGGGGAAGCGGAGGCGGGGCCUGGCGGGGCCGGUGCCCCUCCCCCUCCUGGGCCCCCUGGGGGGUCCGGGGGGGCCCCGCCCGAGCCCCCUCCCCACCCUGAGGGCGGGGAACAACCCCCAGAGGGUGGUCCUGGGGAGGGUCCUGUUCAGCCUGGCACCCCCGGGGGGCGUCCCCUACGCGGUGGGGCUGCAGGACGGGGGCGGGGCCGUGGCCGCCGUCACCAUUUACAACGCGGGGCCCGACUGGGGCGUCCACGUGGGCGACGCCCUCGCGGUGCCCGACCCACUGGUGACCCUCCACCAGCACCAGCACCAGGGACAGACCUUCUCCUUCAUGGGCAUCCGGGUCUCCUCCCCGCUCUCAUUGGUCGUCAACGGGCGCCGCCCCCCGGGCUCCGCCCUGGCCCCGCCCUGCCUGGCACUGUCCAAUCCGUGUGCACCACCGCCCACCCCGGCCACGCCCACCCCGCCCUGACCCCGCCCACGGGGUUCAGUAAUAAAGGACCUUUUUGUUGGA